GCCCACAAGCUCACAGACUUAUACAGACAGUCGCUCCGUGAGUUCCUGAGCAACGAAUCGACCCAUUCCGAGCUGGUUCCGUAUCAGAGGGAACCCAAACCCGGAUUUGCAUCCUCCACUCCUCCCGGGGGAACUUCCUGUGUGGCUCCUGUAUAACCUCCAUCCCUCCCAUAGAGGGUUCUGUCAGCAGGGGGAUCAGAUCACAUGACUGGGGGGCCCCUAUAGAGAGCCCAACCCCAGAUUAACUGCCAUCAGGAAGGGCUCCUAUUGCCCCAGAGCUGCAGUGAGCCAGAAGGGCAGAAUGGAAGCCGGGGAGCCCCAGGACUGUACCUCCUGGUUACCUGAUGAGUUGGCAUUGCGCAUCCUCUCGUACCUUGAUGCCAAGGAUAUCCUGCAGGUGGCGCAGACUUGCCAGCGCUGGAGAGAGUUGGCUGAGGAUGAAGGCCUGUGGCAGGGAAAGUGCAAGGCUGAUGGGAUUGAGGAGCCGCCGCAGGUAACAAGGAGCAGGGCUAAAGGCUCUGGGUCCGGUCCCUGGAGAAGCGCUUACACCAAUCAGCUCAGGGUCGAUACCAACUGGCGCCGAGGGAGAUUUAGGACAAUCGCACUGGAAACAAGUGAGUCGGGGACAGAUUUCAUAACCUGGACCUCUGAUGGGAAGGAAAUGGUUUGUAUCGUAUGUAAUAGAACAAUACAGAUCUGGUCGGCAGUUACUGGAAAACUCAUAAGGACCCUUGUGGGACACACAGAUGAAAUUUUUCCAAUAAAAAUGAGAGAUCACAUGAUUGUUAGUGGAUCUAAGGAUCGGACAGUAAAAGUAUGGAAUGCAGAGAGCGGGGAAUGUAUCCACACGCUGGGCGGCCAUACUGGCGCUGUGUCACACUUGUAUCUCCAUGGGAACAUGGUAGCGAGUGGGUCACUUGACGGCUCCAUCAGAAUCUGGGAUAUUGAGACGGGGCGGUGCCUACACGUUCUCAUGGUGGAUAUACAGUAUAUUUCAUAUAUUCAGUAUGACGGCAAAAGGGUGGCGAGCGUUGAUGGCAAAUACACCCUGAAAUUCUGGGAUCCCGAGACACAGAGCGGUUUGUUUACUUUCCAACUUCCCAAUGAGAGGAUCCGCCACUUAGAGCUGAAAGGCUCGCGGCUCUUACUGGUCACUGACGACGGCACAAUAACCGUGUGGGACACUGACACAGGGCGGCGCAUCCAAACAAUAACAGACCUUCGGACCUACAUAUCCGCAGUGUCACUGAGGGCCAAUAUAUUUGUGUCGGGGGACGGCCUUCCUACGGGUUUCAAUCGGGAGAAAUUUAAUCGCUAUGUGGAAAGUGUGCGACUCCGCAGGAAUUUUGUGAUAAGGAACUCGGAGUUUGGGCCGGUGCCGCUCUGGGAUCUGGAGUCCACCACACACUGGGAUGGGAAAGAAGAUCGGUUUCUGUACGGCUUGUGGAGAAGAAAUGAAAGUGUUUGUUAUUUCAUGGUCUCUCAAACCAAACUUUUCUGUGCGAUUGGGGGGAGGGAGGAGCUAGAGGAGAUGAUCGUGUUCGACUUUGAUGAUCAGGAGACGAAGAGGAGGAAGAGAAAAAGGUUAAAGUUAUAGUUACACAUUCAUGUAAACCCCGGGGCAUGUCGGCAUCUCAUUAAAGGACAAGCAAAGGCAAUUUCUUCGUUACACCUAAAUGUAAUGUUACAGCUGGGGUAACUAACAUUCUGCCCCACCAUAAAAUUGCAACCCCCAGUGAAAUUGCCUUUUCUCUAUUUUUCCUUUAAAGGAGAAGGAAAAGCUAAGUCACUUGGGGGUGCCUAACAUUUUAGCACCCCAAGUAACUUAGCCUUUCCUUCCCCUUUAAGGAGUCGGGAGACUGAUUUAGUUGGAAAGAGGCUGUGGGGGGCCCCAGAAUUUUUUUUUAAAUUUCUAUGCAGGGGUGCCAGGGCAAUAUAGUUAAGCCACUGACUAUGCACUUACUAAAAACAUAGUGUUGCUGGUUAUUGCCCAUAGUAUUUGCCGGCCCAUAUGUACACAAUAAAAAGCGGCGGGACACAAAGCCCAUAUGGCUGAAUAUGUUCCUUUAUCUGAUUGGCAUUCUGUAGCCCCGCCCUGUUUCUGAUGCCAUUGGCUGUGGUUCCGCCGCACAUCAUUCCCCGCUGCGCUUCCCGUUCCAGUUCAGCUACACGGCCUGACGGUCUCUUAUGUGGGGAGGGUGAGAUGGGAAAUGUGGAUCAAUAAGAGAGAAGGUGAUUGGAUAUUUCGGGUCAGACCCAAAGCGCCGGGGAACAGAGGAUUCACGCUGCUCGUACAUCAGUUCCAGUUAAACCUAUUGGCACCUUUGCACUUGUUCCAAAUAAAGCACCGGUUGUGCCAGAAACGUCUCGCUCUUUAUAUCUGGAUUCCCUUUGUUUGCAGCCGAACAACAACCUCUAAAUCUUCUCUUAUUCCUCACAGGAACCCUAAACUGGACUGGGCACAAUCAGUGGCACCUUCUAGAACAUUCUGUGGUUGGGCAGCGCCUCUUCCCCUGGAGAUACCAGCUGCACUGUGAUUGGCUAAGGCAGGAGGAUCAGAGGGUCUCCCACCUUUCCCCAAUCACAGUGCGGCGGGUACCCCCAUGGGAAGGGGCUCUCUCACUCACUGCCAGUAACAGCGGGUUAGAUGGGAGAAGGGUGGCAUUGGGUUCUGGGCCUGGGCAGGGUCAUAUUGGGCCAACAGGGCACUGGGAGGAAAUCAGAAGGGCCGGACAGGUAUAGGGGGAGAGAUGAUCGUAUUGGUGU